UACCCUUUCGAAUCGCGACUGACUGUAUACAGUUUGCGCCGUAUGAUAUUGCCCCACCGAGUUUUGUGUUGCAGACUGUCCCCAGCUUCUAUCUGCUCUAACUUUUCUAGAACCAUGGCUACUUCCUCAUCGCGGACCCUGCGCAUAGGAAGCUUCACUGUACCGCUUACAGUUAAGGAGAACUCUGGGAUCGACCUCGAUGAGGUAGAACAAUUCCCGGCUUUCAAGGACUGGGUUGCAGCUUUUGGGAAGGAGAUGAAAGAGUCUCCUGUGGCCUCCCGUGUUGCUGUCGAAAAAGUUGUGAUAACCGAUAUAGAUUACUUUAAAAGUGGGAAAGUAGGGUUCGUCAAAUUUCGCACAGAUGUUAAAUGGAGCGACGCAGGGGAUGGACGUAUACCUGGCAUUGUGUUCUCGAGAGGUGGUGCGGUUGCGAUUCUAGUAAUCAUUAAAGCGAGCAACCCCAGAACUGCAGAUGAUGAGGAAGAGCGAGUGGUCUUGACCGUGCAACCGCGUAUCCCCAUCGCUUCAUUAGCUUUUUCAGAAAUACCAGCGGGGAUGUUGGAUGGUGAGCGCAAAUUUGCGGGAGCUGCUGCUCGAGAAUUGGAGGAAGAAUGCGGAAUUCAAAUAAGAGAGGAUGAGCUUACAGAUUUGACAGAUCUGACCUUUGGAAUGGGGACCGACCUGAGGAAUGUCGGAGUCUACCCAAGUCCAGGUGGAUCUGACGAGUUCAUCAAAUUGCUUUUGUGCAGAAAACAGCUGCCUAUUGAGGACAUCAGGCGACUGGAAGGAAGAAAAGGUGGUCUGAGAGAGGAAGGCGAGAGAAUUGACGUAAAAUUGGUCAAGCUAAAGGAUCUCUGGCGGAGCACUCGAGACAUGAAAGCCUUAUCGGCUCUUACUUUAUACGACCGUUGCCUUACAGCUGGAUUAAUCUCCAAGAUAUGACGCUACUUAGAUCAAACGUACUUUAUUGAAUCUGUGUCCAACCACUAUUGUUUGUACAUUUAUGGUCUGCAUGUUUCGCAUACAAGAGGAAAUUCCACCCGGCC